AUGUCGACUCAAGCAAUUACCAACAUUGACAUUCAAGGCAAGUUGCCUAAGGUCGCCUCUGGAAAAGUGCGCGACCUGUACGCAAUUGACGAUGACACACUGUUGUUCGUCGCCAGCGACCGUAUAUCAGCAUACGACGUCAUCAUGGAGAAUGGUAUCCCAGGAAAAGGCGCUCUUCUAACUGCCAUGUCAAUCUACUGGUUCCACUACCUCCCCACUAAAGUUCCCGGCCUCAAAACCCAUUUCCUUUCCCAAGACCUCCCAGCCGCCAUCCAGGACCAAACUUCCCUCAAGGACCGCAGCAUGCAAGUUCGUCGUCUGCGCAUCCUGCCCAUUGAAUCUAUAGUGCGCGGCUACAUCACCGGAUCAGGCUGGUCCGAGUACACCAAGUCCGGAACCGUCAACGGAAUUAGUAUGCCCAAGGGAUUGAUUGAAGGUCAGAAGCUACCACAACCAUUGUGGACACCGAGUACCAAGGCGGAGGUAGGCGGCAAAGACGAGAAUAUCAGCCCCGAGGAAGCUAGACGUCUGAUUGGUGAUGAGAAGAUUGCGAAGCGCGUGGAGGAGCUUUCACUGGCUAUCUACAGUGCUGCUGCGGACCGCGCAGAGGAGGUCGGUAUUAUUCUCGCUGACACCAAGUUCGAGUUUGGAGUUGAUGAGAAGGGUGAAGUGGUGCUCGUUGAUGAGGUUUUGACACCGGAUAGCUCAAGGUUUUGGCCAAAGGAGUCAUGGGAGAAGAAUUUGGGAAAGGCGCAGCCUAGCUAUGAUAAGCAGUUCCUCAGGGACUGGCUGACAAGUAACGGGCUGAAGGGCAAGGAGGGAGUGGCAGUGCCAGCAGAAAUUGUGGAGAAGACAGCCGCGAAGUACAGGGAGGCUUGUGAGAAGCUUACAGGCAAGAGUGCGUAA